AGUGAUCAUUUGUUUUUAAUUUCAAAUAUGUACUCGUACACACUUUGUCAUUAGAUAGGGUAAGUAUCACACGUACUGUCUAGGCAUGUGUGUCACACUCGUGUGUACAGUGGCAGAUAUACACAAUCAAACGGCGAUGAGCCGAAUCCUUUAUCUCGGAGUGAUAAAAAAUGGUUACGAUGCAUGAGUGCGCCUGUCUGAAUAUACAUAGACCGCAUGCAGUCAAAAUAAGGACAAGGUCGUAUUCUGUACUGAAAAGGAUACAGGCUGUGCGGAAACCCAUUACAACUCCGACAACUCGAGUUCAUGACCGGCAGCUGAACCCAACACGGCGAUACCAACAUUGUUCAUGCACAUGCGUAGAGAAACCUACGGCCGUAUUCACCGGGGUCAGGGAAAUUCUUACUGUUCUCGGUUCAAUGGUGGCUGGGCAGCCCGAUAACAACAUUUCGAAGCAGACGACAACAUUUCAAAAUCGGCUGUUCCUGUGAUACCCGUCAACAUCAACAGAUCACCAGCCAUUGAUUUUCAUCCAAAACUUUAUCCCGGUGAUACUCACAUCUCAGCAUGGAACAGCCGUUAGAUUUAAGUCAGCGAGAACAUUCUGACAAUCCAACUGUUACUAGAAUGGAAACAGAAGAUGGCAUAUGCCCUUAUAUUAACUGCACGUGUCCAUUACGACACAGGCCGCCAAUGGAUAUCCGCCUGUCUCCACAUUUCGGACAUUUUAGACAUCUUGGGAAUGUAAUGACGCCCAAUACGCGAGCACCUUUCGGAUAUCUUCCCGGAUUUUACACCGAUGCCAUGCUAAUGGAGCCAAAUUCAUUGUAUUUUAAUAAAAGGAAUCCGACCCCCGAGCGUAAUAACCAUUCUGGCACGACUCAUCCUAAGCGAAGGAAAGUUGAGGAGUGUAAACAUACCAUGUCAAAAUCUUGCGAUGAAUCGUCUAAUUCAAGAACGUCUGUGUCGCCUAAGACACGUUUUUUUCACCCGGGAUUUCCGAUGGAAAAUGGUGAAUCGUCAUUAUCAUCAUCACCGUCCUCUCUUUCGUCGUCGACAUCAUCUUUGUCGUCAUCACAUUCUCCCUCGAACAUCACCUUUGAGAAAAAAAAUCAUGUCGACGAGGACAGUUUUAGGACCCCUAAACGUUCAUCGCCGCCUGCCAUAGUGGAACAUGCUGACGUCAGUAUGACGGCGGAAAAUCCAGCAGUUAAUGACAUUGUUUCAGUCCAACGUGAACGGAGUAAAACAAUAAGUUACAUGGAACGCUUACCCAAAAAACGUUUUGCUGGUCGCCUUUUGUCUCAGGACACGUCACCUAACACAUCAUUUAAUAUCAACCAAUCACAGACCAGUACAGCCACCAGCCCCGACCCCAGGAGCUCGCCUAGUACAAGUGGAGGUUGUGAUAUCAUAACCGGAAACGACGGGAAUGUAUCAACAGUGGGACAAGAUACGGACAUGCCGUCUCCGUCCGUUUCUCCUGUUGAAAAGGACGUUCGUUCCAAAGCCAAACCAAGUUACGAUGCUGCUUCUUUAAAAGCAGACAUGCUACGUGAAAUCGACGAAGCAGAAAAACGGGAAAGGUGCUCUAGUCCUCAAAAAAAGACGACGUUAAUAGGAUACGGAAGGAGUAGCCAAAACGAAAUCAAGACAAAGGACAAUGAAACGAAUCUACAAGAUGAUAUGACAGAAAAUUCCGGUGGAGUGCGCAUGACAGCCCUAGAUUAUCUUAUUUCUAAAACUCUCCUACAGCGGGAGGAUAGGCCUUACAAGGCGAGAAAUCAUCAUAUACACCAAAUUAUACGAGGAGAAAAACCCGGUAAAUUAUGUUUAAUGGAUAUUGUCGAACUCCAAGUGGAAAUAGGUUUAGCAUGAGAGGUAGCUAUCUUUAUGGAAGAUAGUUAGAGAAUAUUUACGCAAUAUAUAGGUGACAGUUUGUGUGUUUGAAGUAGUGACUGACGAAUACAUGAAUUAGAUCUCAUAGACUGUUAUAGCCUGAGUGGUGAUUAAUACGUGUUAGAUGUUUUACACAUUGAAACCUGUCGUAUCCGACACAACAAACAACUAGGUGAACCGAUCACAUUAGACAGAAAAGACGACUGUAAACUCUUAGGAUAAAAAAAUAUAUUGGACUACGAAAGAUUUCGGAAAGCAUCUUUAAAUGUUACUUUUGGUAAGAUGAGCUGUCUGACUGCUAACGGAUAAGACAGGUUAAACUGGCCCACUGAUCCCAACUCAAACGUUAGAAAGUCUCAUUCAGGAAAGGUAGCAACUAUGAAUUCUCAGGAAAAAUCGCACCCUCUACAAUUUGGUACCAUAGUGGACAUCUGAAUGACAAGGCAUGGAAACACAAAUUUAAAGGUCAAGACAUCGUCAUUGGAUACCAUUGUACCGCUCGGAACUCUUUGAGUGAGCCUAUGCCACGGUAGUACCAUUUUGUAUAGUGCUAAGUUAAAGUGCCAACUGUAACCAUAACCUCGGACGAUUCCGGUACCUUUCGUGUAAUUGCGGAAACAACCGAGUCAUGACGAGUAGCCAACUACUACGUAAUUAUUGGACUUCAUCAAUAAUUAGAUUCGUUGUAAAUGAUAAGUCAAUGUCCGGAACAUAAUGAUUUAAUUCCGGAUAAUUGAAAUCCUAGUUGAAGAAGUUGCUACAAAGGUAUUCAGAUCGAUAUGCUCUACCUUAAAAACUUCAGUUGUUCUACUGUUUUAGAAUCUGUGAUGUAGUUCGUAUGUACCAUGGCUUUAUGGUAUAUAAAGAACAUACCCUACUCUGUAGGAGUAAUAACAGGGAUACAUAUUUUCAUUGUUCCCGAACUUAUUUGUAGUGUACAUGUAUUGUUAACAACUUGUUAGAAACAUCUGGUAAAGUACUAUAAAAUAAAACACUGUUAUGUGAUAAACCAUCACUUUCAGUACAAUAAGUUUCAAAAUUUACUAAAAACUCCUAAAUAAACUUUAUUACUUUUAUUUCAAAUUAAAUUUCAUUUGAUAUAUCAAGAUGAAAAAAUAUGUUGAACGUAUAGCUUCAAGCCAAGCAAGAACAGGGAUAAUAUUUUCAUUGUAUUUAGUUAAGAGUAAAGAAUACCGUUGAUUCCAGUAAUGCUUUUCAUACAUUUUAUUCUUAUUAUUGUACAGUGUGUAUUAAGCUAAAAGUUCGAAAUACUUUAAGGGGAAAUUGUACCUUUAGUAUUUGGAACGGUUUUAAUUUGACUGAACAAUGAAACAUAUAUCUAUUGUUAUGUUUACUAGAGGUUAUGUAGAGUUUACAAGCCCCGUGCCUGUAAAGUGCUCUAACACUGAGAGUGAAAUAUUUCCCUUUUAAUUGUGAUUCGUGUUAAAAAAAAAGUUGCGUUUCAUUAAUAUAUUAAAAUAUAUUCCUUAUAUAUACUUAUCUAUUUAUAGUUAUAUUCUGUUUUGACGACUGUAGGAGGAUGGUGUUUGAUUCCACGUUAUAGGGAUGAUGUAGACAUUUAUUUCCAGGAUGAUUGCAUGAUGUCCUUGUUACACGAAGUGCAGUGAAGACGAAUAUGUGUCGCGUGGUUAUUCAGAAUGUAAGAUUGUUGUGGAAUGACUGGAGUAACUUUAUUAGAUAACCGAACAUAUAUAAUUGAAAACCAACGCAUAUUUUCACCAGCAGAUGCAUAUUUUUUUCUAAAGAGAAAACGUUAGCACAGCAACUCUAACAUAUUUUUGUGAUGUCAUGUUGACACCAAUUUUCUUUUAAGAAUUUAAGAUAUAUAUAGUCCAAAGUUUGACUGAUUAUUUUAUGGCUGGUUUAUGUAUGUAAGUUAUGCAUGGUAGCAAAAUAUUUCAUUUUAGUUUUUGAGGAAAAUGUGAUUCGAGGUCAUUUGAUAGAUAUGCACCUUAAAACUCUCGAUAAUCAUAUAGCGAUUGUUGGUACAGAUCUUAAUUAGUCUUGUAUACCUAUAUACCAAAUCUCCAAUACCAAAAUACUGGGAAAUAAAGGAAGAUAUUAUCUCGGUUGAAUUUUGUAGAUAUUUUCAUUUUUAACGGAAUCUGAAAUUUAAAAAAGUCAUGUUGGUGGCCUUUUGGUACGAAUUGAUUAAAGUCGUCCUUUCCUUUGAAAACAACAAUCCUGUAUUUGUUGGGAUAUUGAUAUUUCUUUGACGUAUCUCUGCAAUAUUUAAGCGUGCAAAAUAUUAAGAUUGUCAAAUCACAUGAUCCUCGUUUUGUGAGUAUUUUUUGUAGAUAGUACGUGCAAAUGUAUUCACGCAUGCGCAGACAUAAGUGUGUUUAAAUGUGGAAUGAUCGCAUUUACAUCUUGUUGAUGUUUGGUUUUAUUUAGUCAAUAACUUUCCAGAGGAGAAUGUUAUAAUAUGCAAUUCCGUCAGGAAAGUAAAUCGUGAUAAGAUUAUAUUAUUUAAUAUUUAUAGCGAAAUGUCAUAAAAGGCCAUGACAUGGAUGUAUUUUUUCGAUAGAAUACAAAAUAUUAAAAUUACAAAAAUAUAUUGGCAAUACAUAGCGUUAUCCGCCAUUGAAGAUGAUACAUAUGUAAGAAAUAAUAAAUUAUUGAAUAAAUAAUUUUAAAAGUC